AUGUCGAUCGAAGAACGUUUUAAUGCGGCGGUUAACGUCAUCCGAGGCCUGCCGAAGAAUGGGCCGUAUCAACCAAGUAAUGAUAUGCUGCUACGAUUCUAUUCGUUCUUCAAACAAGCAAAGAAGGGAAAGUGUUGCGAACGCAAGCCGGCCUUUUGGGAUGUCGUCAAUCGUGCUAAAUGGGAUGCGUGGAACCGGUUAGGAGAUAUGCCGAAGGAGGUGGCUAUGCAGAAAUAUGUCGAUGAAUUGAAAAAGAUAGUCGAAACGAUGUCUUACACCGAUAACGUGGCCAACUUCAUGGAGUACAGUAUGAGCGAUUUGGACAACGUGAGCCUCACUGAUUUAGAGAUGGUGGCACCGGAAGCGAUUAAAAAAGUACGCUCACGUCCAAACUCGCCGUUUGCAUCGCGUGAAGCUAGUCCGACGAGACUCUCUCCGGUCACACCUUCACCACCGCCAAUGAUGCCCUCUGCAGCCGCUCCCCUGGUGAAUGGGCACGUGCAUAAACCCACGGCAAUCAACGGAUACAACCAUAAUAACCACACGCAUCAAAAUGGCGCGAAUCACGUGCACAAUCAGCAUCAUCUAACGAAUGGAAUCGUGUCGUCGACGAUGAGCAACGGUGCUAGCUCAGGACCGUCGGAGUUAAGCGACGAUGAGUACAUUGACACGUACGACGAUGAUUUUGAGAGCGAAACAACUGCCGCAUUCCGUCCUAUCGAGGCUGUUAAUCAUGCACAUUUCUACCAAAGCAGCAUAUCGGGUUCGGCUGCUGGUGGCGCGCCGCUGGUCAACGGCGUUGGUGGUCCGUUCUCGCACGGGUUUGAAGGUGCCGGAUACCCGAGAACCGACGUGGCCGCUCAGAUCGCACGGACAAUCGAACGGCUAAAUACAAGCGUGCAGCAUUUAAGCGGUCGCGUUAGCGUGAUAGAGCAGUCGGUGGCUGAGCUGCGGGAACAACAGCUGCAGCAACAGCAUAAAUUAGCAAAACUCGGUGCUUCCACAGCUCGCCCUUCGCGACCCACCUGGUGGCCUUUUGCAGAGAUAUCCCCGGCUGCGGUAGCAUUCAUUAUUCUUUGGCCCCUGGUGAUAAACCGGAUUACCGGGAGCUGGGCUCAAAGGAAAAAUCGUUGAAAUUGCACCCCAAACCUAACAUGAAAUAGCAUUUUGCUGCGAGUGUGCUCCAGAAUUGCGUGUCGCGUGUCAAUCGCGUUGCUGGAGCAGUAGAACAAAUACAUGGAGUUGUGAAUAGUAAUAGUUAUUUCGCUACGUAUUGCGGGCGGUUUUUUGCUUAGGAUGUAGCGUCUCAAGGGAUUAUACUCACGUUAACUGGGCUUCGACUAAAAAAAAAAUCGUUUGGUGUUUGCCUUUUUUGUAUGGCUGAAAUUCAAGGUUCUGCAUUCACAUUCAAUUUUUGCAACACCCACAACGGAUCACCAAAAAAUAACCUACAACCUACAAACCUAACCGUCAACGUUGUGCCGCGUUGAUUGAAGGCAAUAGAUACUCGUAGCGAGGAGAAAACACUUUUGCAUUCCAUAUUCCAUACCUACCCUGACACGUGAAGUAAUAGCAAACGUUACCUUAACAUUGGGCAUUGCCGAUUAGGGAAGGUACAGUAAUGACAAACGCGUAUUGAGAUUACUCAAUUCUCUUGUUGCCAAUGUCGCAUUAACCAGGGGUACUAGCGACAUGCUGCUAUUGUGUUGAUGAUAAAACACAUCUCUUUCAAUUGUUAACCCGUGGAUGUGGUGGUUUUAUAGGUCGAUAUUUAGACAAUUUUUAAUGGUGCGGAACUUUUUUUGGUUUUUGUUGUUAAAUCUAUCUAUGACUAUAAAUUAUUAUUCUUUGCAUUGUUUCUACUGUUGAUAAUGUUUCAUUUUAUGUAAGGUAUGGUUUUUGUUCGUACAUUGGUUUGGUUGAAGUGUAGCUAAAAGUUGAGGGCAAAAUAAAAUUUUAGUCAUUAAUAAAUUUAGAGAUGCGGAUAACGGGAACGAAAAAAAAAAUAAUAUCUCCAUUCGUCUAUGCGAUAGUGAAUAAUAUCUUUAAAGGCAGCAAGCAGGCUUUUUGCAAUUUGUAAAGUGCUAUUGGUGAAAUCCACACUCAGUAAAACUACAAUCGUUUAUAGGAUUCAAAUAAAGGCAAUAAAAAUA